CCACGAUCUUCUUCUAUUCGGAUCUUCGCCAGUCCCAUAUUGCCGAAGCCUCACCAGCCCCGCGACCAAAGACCCACGGCAAAGGCCUUUGCCCAAUUGCUUCAUGACGUUGCGGUGGCUCUCGUCCGGUGGGGUGUGGGGAGCAGCGAUUAUUCAUGGAUGAUGAAGCAUGUGCAAUCUUAUAUCUAGACUAGAGGGUGCCUGGCUAUUCUCUUUUGCUCUUGCUUUUGAUUCCAUCUCCAAAUCAGAUAUCUUCAUCUACCACAAUGGACGCCUUUGAAUACAACCCCAACCCCGGCCGAGUCGUCUUUGGCAGCGGCACUCUCCAGAAACUCCCCGAUGAGAUCGCCAGACUCAACCUCAAGGCUCCGCUGGUUCUCUCGACUCCUCAACAGGUGAGCCAGGCGGAGAGUGUCAAGGAUGUGCUCAAGGGCCAGGUUGCGGGGAUCUUCAAUGAAGCCACCAUGCACACGCCCACCCACAUCACCGACAAGGCCGUCGAGUAUGCAUCUGCUCAAAAGGCGGAUUCCGUUAUUUCUAUCGGUGGAGGAAGUACCAUUGGCUUGGGCAAGGCGAUUAGUAUCCGUACCGGAUUGCCUCAUAUCUGCAUCCCGACUACCUAUGCGGGGAGCGAGAUGACUCCUAUCCUGGGUGAGACGGCGGAUGGACUGAAGAAGACGCGCUCUGACCCGAAGAUUCUCCCGGGAACGGUCAUUUAUGAUGUUGAUCUUACCAUGACUCUUCCGUCGGCGAUGAGUGCGACGAGUGGUGUCAAUGCCAUUGCGCAUGCUGUCGAGGCACUCUACGCCCGCAACACAAACCCCGUUAUCAACCUGAUGGCCAUUGAAGGCACACGGGCACUGGCAUCGGCUCUUCCGGAGAUUGUCGAAAACCCAUCCUCCCAAUCCGCCAGAUCUCUCGCUCUGUACGGAGCCUGGCUUUGUGGAACCUGUCUGGGCAGCGUGGGCAUGUCCAUCCACCAUAAACUGUGCCAUACCCUCGGUGGUAGCUUCAACUUGCCUCAUGCGGAGACUCACACUGCUGUCCUCCCUCACGCCAUCUCCUACAAUGCUCCUAAGAUCCCCGAGGCCAUGAAGAAACUGGCCGAGGCUCUCCCCGACAGCAACGGAGAUGCGAUUCACGGGCUGAAUGUGCUGCUGGCCAAGUUGAAGGUCAAGCGUGGACUGACGGAUUUCGGAAUGAAGGAAGAGGAUGUCGACAAGGCAGCGGACAUUGCAGUUGGCAACCCAUACUGGAAUCCCCGGGAGAUUGAACGGACGCCCAUCCGUGAGCUGAUUCGGAGAGUAUGGGCUGGCGAACCGGCACGAGCGGAUUUGUAAUGCUAGUAAACGGGGUGUCUGCUUUACCACCACAUUAUGUAUAUAUUGAUUUACGCUUUCAACUGUGAGAUCCUGUCAAUACAAAAAUGAGGCAUUUCCAAUUCCAUCGCCACGAAUAAAUGGGUGAUCGUCCCCCUGGUGUUGUAUAUCGCAUCUCUGCCAUUGGCUCCGAAAUGGCGGGGUGAAGUGGGGUGAUUCUUUUU